CGUCCUUGAGGAGCCUCCGUGCGGGCCCGAAACGUCGUCCUUACACGUAUGCUCCCAUUGUCACGCUGGCAAUCCGACAAAGCAAACGUGUGUAUGUGUGAAACAAUAUCGAUCGACGUGACGUCAGAGAGUCGUCGCGACGCCGAGCGAGCAACAGGCGGUGGGUAUCAACAGGCGACAGUGUUGUUCCGGAGGCCGACGAGACGGCGGCGGCGGCGUUUCCGGAGCCCGGAGAAAACAGCGUAUUUUCGAGUGAGUCGCGGUAGUUCACCGGGGAAGAUAAACGAGCAAACAAGACUAAAUAAACUCGCAAACAAAGGAGAAGAGGGUAAACAUGGUUGAUUGUGGAUCGAGCGAGACUACCAACAGAUUUGUUUGUCCGAACGACAGACAAUUAGCGCUUAGAGCUAAGCUUAAAACCGGAUGGAGCGUGAAAACGGCGUCACUUAGUUGCCAUGGAAGUUCGGUUAGUCAGCCGCUGGGGCCCGAAGAACAAGAGGCGAUCGUCAAUGUUAUCAAAAGAGCGGAGGAAGUGGAUCUGACGGAACAGGAGAGGGUGGGCCGCCUCAUCGAACGCCUCGAAAACAUGAGACGCAACGCCCUGGGCAGAAACCCAUCACAGUGUUUAUUGUGCGGAGAUGGUUUUGGAAUGCUUGGGGCCCAAAAAGUGCUUUGUAUAGACUGCAAGCGACUAGUUUGUCAAAAAUGCGCCAUCGAAUCAUGCACCACAAAAAAUACUAGUUGCAGAAACUACUGGUUGUGCUUAAUAUGUGCCGAAACCAGAGAAAUCUGGAAGAAAUCCGGAGCUUGGUUUUUCAAGAGCAUCCCCAAAUACAUCCUCCCCAGCGAAAAAAGCUACCGCCAAGCCGGCAGCAAAAUAAUCCGGAACGCAAAAGCCGGCUACCGAGACGACGACAGCAGCUCCGACGAAGACCGAAAAGUAUGGGGCAAAAUCCACCGGAGAAAUUCCAGUACGGAAAGCACGCACGAUGUCCACGAGUCCGUCCAAGACAUCCCUACGAUGUCGACGUACAACAGGCAGACCAGUACGAGUGAUUCGCAGUUGACGAAAGACGUAGAACCCUUGAAGGGGUAUAUGGGGGCGAUGAGUUUGGCGGAAAAAUCCUGGGAAAAGGAUCAAGUGUCGGGGGAGAGCUCGGAGGCUUCCCGCAGGGAAUCCACGGUGAGUCGUUCGCUGUCGGAGUGGAAUUGGAGCGACAGCAGAAGCGAGGAGAAGGUUUCACCGAGUACAUCGAGUGUCAGCAGUAUUUUCAAGACCUCUGACGAUCACAAACACUCAGACACCUCACUGGGCACCAUCGAACUAUCACUAACCUACGACCCCAUCACCACCACCCUUCUCUGUACCGUCUACCGUGCUAAGAACCUCAUCCCCAUGGACAUCAACGGUCUCUCCGACCCCUUCUGCAAACUCAACAUCCUACCGAACGCCAAAAUGUCGACGCGCCUGCGAACGAAAACGGUCCACAAGACGCGAAAUCCGGAAUUCAACGAAAACUUGACUUUCUACGACAUCACGGACACGGAUUUGAUGAAGAAGUCGCUGCAUGUUCUGGUGGUGGACGACGAUAAGUUCGGCCACGACUACAUGGGAGAGACGCGAAUUCCCUUGGCCAAGCUGAAGCAGCAGAAUACCAUCUAUGUGACGGCUCCUUUGGAGGAGAUGAGGCAGGAGCACAAGGGCCCGUUGCCGGCGCCUGAGCUGAAUCAGUGGUUCGACGAUUUGUGGUCCAGGGGUCAGAUUUUGCUGUCGCUGGGGUACAGCACGAAGAGGAGGGCGCUGUUGGUGACGGUGUGCAGAUGCGUCAAUUUGCUGCCGAUGGAUAAUAAUGGGUUUUCGGAUCCUUUCGUGAAACUGCAACUGCGGCCCGACCCGUACCACCGCAAACACAAAACCUCCAUCAAAUGGAAAAAUCUCAAUCCCGUCUAUAACGAGGAGUUCGCCUUCGACACCCGCCCCAACGAACUGGCCACCCAAAGCCUCUACAUCACCGUCUACGACAAAGAUUACGGCAAAAGUAACGAUUAUUUGGGCGGCUUAAUUCUUGGCGGAACCGGAUCAAAAGGAUUACGAUUAAAGCAGUGGCUCGACAUGAUUCGUUAUCCGGAUCACAGACAUGAGGCCUGGCAUAAUCUCACUGAGGAAGUCUUGGAUUGAAUAUGGAAUCUUGUUGACAAGGACCAACUUAAUAAAAUAUUCAAAGCUUUACGAC